GCGUCGCGAGAAGGAGGGAGGGGGUGCCUGGGAGCGGGGUUUGUUUCCGGAAGUAGAAGCGGGCCCCGAGCGGAGGCCUCGGCCUGGCUCGUUCCGACCCGACUUGACUUGGCCCGGCCCGGCCCGGCCCCCGACCCGCAGGGAUGGAGGUGACCAGGAGCAAUUUUAAGGAUACCCUCAACAAAGUUUAUGAAGCUAUUGAAGAAGCCGACUUCUUGGCUAUUGAUGGGGAGUUUUCAGGAAUCAGUGAUGGACCGUCUGUUAGUGCAUUAACGAAUGGCUUUGACACACCUGAAGAACGGUAUCAGAAGCUUAAAAAGCAUUCCAUGGACUUUCUGCUGUUCCAGUUUGGCCUUUGCACUUUUAAAUAUGAUCACACAGAAGAGAAGUACAUCAUCAAAUCCUUUAACUUCUAUAUUUUCCCCAAACCUUUCAACAGAACAUCACCAGAUGUCAAGUUUGUCUGUCAGAGUUCAAGUAUAGACUUUUUAGCAAACCAGGGAUUCGAUUUUAAUAAAGUUUUUCGCAAUGGAAUCCCUUAUUUAAACCAAGAAGAGGAAAGGCAGCUCCGGGAGCAAUAUGAUGAGAAGCGCUCUCAAGCCAACGGAGUGGGAGCCUUGUCGUACAUGUCCCCCAGCGCUACCAAGUGCCCUGUGACUGUCCCGGAGGACCAGAAGAAGUUCAUUGAGAAAGUGAUAGAAAGGAUAGAAUAUCUCUUGCAGAACGAAGAAAGCACAAAUCUGGAGCUGGAGCCGUGCACAGGAUUUCAGAGGAAACUCAUCUACCAGACGUUGAGCUGGAAGUAUCCUAAAGGCAUCCAUGUUGAAACCUUGGAAACAGAGAAGAAGGAAAGAUACAUUAUUGUCAGUAAAGUGGAUGAAGAGGAGCGCAAAAGGAGAGAACAGCAGAAGCAGGCGAAAGAGCAGGAGGAGCUCAAUGAUGCCGUGGGCUUUUCCCGAGUUGUUCAUGCCCUCGCGAAUUCGGGCAAGCUUGUGGUUGGGCACAAUAUGUUGCUGGACGUCAUGCACACCAUCCACCAGUUCUACUGCCCGCUCCCUGAGGAUCUCGGCGAGUUUAAAGAAGUCACGACAUGUGUGUUUCCAAGGUUGCUGGACACAAAACUGAUGGCGAGCACCCAGCCAUUCAAGGAAAUUAUAAACAACACGUCCCUCGCAGAGCUGGAAAAACGUCUGAAGGAGACGCCCUUCAAUCCUCCAAAAGUCGAAAGUGCGGAAGGCUUCCCAAGCUACAACACAGCUUCUGAGCAGCUGCACGAAGCAGGUUACGAUGCUUACAUCACGGGCCUGUGUUUCAUCGCCAUGGCCAACUUCCUAGGUUCCUUUCUCAGCCCUCCGAAAAAUCACGUUUCUGCCAGAUCCAAGCUGAUUGAACCUUUUUUCAACAAAUUAUUUCUGAUGAGGGUCAUGGACAUUCCAUAUCUCAACUUAGAAGGACCGGACUUGCAGCCCAAACGCGAUCAUGUUCUUUACGUUACGUUUCCCAAAGAGUGGAAGACGAGCGACCUUUACCAGCUUUUUAGUGCUUUUGGUAACAUUCAGGUGUCUUGGAUUGAUGACACAUCGGCGUUCGUCUCACUGAGCCAGCCAGAUCAAGUGCAGAUCGCUGUUAAUACCAGCAGGUAUGCUGAAAGUUACCGAAUCCAGACUUAUGCGGAAUAUGUUGAGAAGAAGCACGAGGAGAAGAGGCAGACCAAGAGGAAAUGGGCAGAAGAUGGUUGGAAGGAUAUGGAGGGGAAGCGGCUGAAAACGCAGGCUGCCCCAUACAUGCUGCAGGGCCGUUACUACAACAUCAACAGUUUUACAGCAACCAGCACUGUAGGGAAGAGAAGUAUGAGUCCCAUUCAAGAGGAAAGUGGCUGCGAUGAUGCCGAGGAGGAGAGUGAAGGGCAAGAGGUGGAGCCGGACACCCUGGCAGAGACCGGAGAAGAAGGGAAGAAAAGAGCCAAGAAGUUCAAAAAGGCCAAAAGGGAGCCUGCUGCAGCUGGAGGCCUCAAGAGUGCUUCCACUAGGCUCUUUGACGUCCCUGACACCUGGUAGCCGCCCACUGCGCCAGCUCAAAGCAGACUCCGGUGCAAAGCAGACUCUGACGCCUCAGAAGCAGCCAUCUUUUUAUUGAAGCAUAAAGUGUGGUUUACCAGCAAAAGGCAGGACGUCUCUUGGAAAUCAGUUUAAUUUUUUAAACUGUCUCUACUGUACAAUCAUUGUCAACGUGUUUAUGUGUGUGCGAGUGUAUACACGUUGGUUUUGUUGAUUAUGUGAAAUAUUUGCUGUCGUAAACGUUAGACCUAAAAAGCAGGACUGACUGCGCAUCCCUUUUACGCGGCAUGCAACCUGUGAUGCUGGACACAAAGGACUUGUCCGUGUUGUAGUCUGGAGUCCAGGAGGGCUGGACUCCAGAUGCUUAUGCCACUUCCAUGCCAGCUCAGUUGCCUGGCACCCUCACCCACAGGAUUUCCUCUCGGCAGGAAAACCUCCACCCCAUGAGCCUCCCCCUACCCUGAAAUAAACUUUAAACUGAUGCCAUCCUCAUAUCUUGGAAAACUUUAUUUUCCUAAACCUUGUGUUUUUGUUUGGGAAGUGUAUGGGUGGUGGGGUGGGGUUCCCUUCCCCCGCACCUUUUCCCUUAGCUUUUGUGGGUUGUGUUCUGUAUUUAAAAUAAUUCACCAACCUUCCUUACUUAAAACAAAAAACAAAAUCUGCUUGGGUAGAUUUCAUAAACUUUGUUUAAUAUUUAACAUUUUUGUAUCAUGGAAAUGAGAAUAAAAAAUGUAUUUCCAUAAAGUGAAAAUUAAAGAAGUUUUUUCUUAGGA